CAACCGCACACGGCCGUCCCUCCCACUUUCUUUUCUUCCCAUUUUCUUCUUCUUCUUCUCCUCAUUCCUCUCUCUUUCUCUCCUUUUCUUUCUUCUCCGUCUUUGUUUGCGGGUGUAUAUUGUCUUCUCGGGCUCUCUUUCUUUUCCCCUUCUCCAGUUUCGAAUUCGUCUUCAUCAGGUCCCAUCCGGCUUCGUCUCCGUCUCUCCUGCCAUCCUCUUCACCGUUGAUUUCUUUCUUCCACCCACGCUAUCCUCUUUUCCGAUUGCAAUUUUGUUUGGAUGUGCGGUUCGGCAGUGUGGAUGUUCGGCGGCAGCAAUCUGCAUCUUUAGCAUUUUAGGAGAUUUAGUAGACAUGAUGGGGGUUAUUAAUUUUAAUGGUGGAAUCUGUGAGACCACCUUCAAUACAAAAUAAAAGAAAACAUCGCGUCGGCAAAUAUAUAAUAUAUACGAUAUAUGUUCCUUGUUCGGUCCUGCGAAGGAAUUUUUUCCCUGCGAUUGGGGUUUUCGAGGAUGCAAUCUUUUUGCCUUGGAAGGGGAUUCGUUAGUUGUUCGCCUUCUUCGCCUGCUGUUGAGCUCCCUGCGCCGAGGGAGGCUCAUCUAUGGUAUGUUAAACCGAGCGAAGUAAGUGACGAGUCGUUGUUAAGACAGUACCUAGAUAUUCUGUCACCUGGUGAGAAGGAAGACAUAUCACGAAUGCGGGAAGAAAAGCUGCAGAAAAAUGCUCUGCUCGCACGCACUUUGGUUCGCACUACCAUAGCCAGAUAUCAGAUAAACCCACCGAUUAAUCCCAAAUCAUUGAAAUUCAGAAGGAAUAUACAUGGAAAGCCUGAGGUUGAGUGGCCAUUCAGUAAUGAUUUGCGUCCGCCUCCACUGCAUUUAAACAUCUCACACACAUCUUCUUUAAUAGCAUGUGGAGUUACCGUCAAUUCUCAAAUUGGUGUUGACAUGGAAGAGAAGGACCGGAGUCUUAGACACAGUGUGAUAGCUCUUGCUCGGCGUUAUUUCACCCAAGAUGAAGUUAAUUUCUUAGAGGAUAUAUCUGAUCCGCAAAUUCAGCGCAUGGAGUUUAUUAAAUUGUGGACACUCAAGGAGGCAUAUGUGAAAGCAUUGGGAAAAGGGUUUUCUGGUGCACCUUUCAAAACAUUUUCAAUUCGAUUCAAAGGUACGGGAAGCAAAGGCUUUAGCAUAUCGGAGGAUUCGGAUUUUAAGGCUUCUGAAAUAGUAGUAGACUCUUUUGAUGGCGGUCCUGACGUCACGAGCAACUGGCAAUUUGGUCUCCUAGAAUUGGAUAAUUCACAUGUCGCUGCCAUUUGCACAGAGAAGCAUGGUGCUGCUGAAGGUGAAAAGGAUGCGCUGCUAAAGUUGAAGGUUUGGAAGACGAUACCAUUUCUAGAAGAUAAAUGCGCCUCGGGGACAGACGCUGUUAAAACAAUCUGUGGCUUGCAGUGAACCAAAACUUGCAAAACUAUCUCAACAAACAUUUUUUGCUCAUUUUUCAAGAAAAGCGUAAGCAUAUCUUUCAUCGACAAAUUAUGCAUAGCAAGUUUUUACGGUUUUUCAUUCUUUCUGAUUCAAAUUGAUGAUACAAUUGUUUGUCUAGCUCACGAUGUUACGGUAGGCGUACUUACCGAUCGAGUUGUCAAUAAUUAGAAUUUGGAGCGAAAUCUGUGCUGCUGUACAGCCAAGCUGUGAACUAUGAAAUUAGUCCAAAUGGUUUUUACCCUUCGGAUUUGUUCAGUCUGUUUUAUAAUGAAUGUGUUUUUUAGGUUAUGUAAUACAAAUUGUGUUUGUAAUAUAAGAAGUGCUUCGUUUUUGUGUAGAA